GUGCCCGUCAAGGUCUCAAAAUCAAAUCGAAACAAAUUUUUAUGCUCCCGCGCUGUGUGUGCGUGUUUUCUCGUCGGCGUCAUAGCGGUUCAGCCUUUUCGUGCUUAAGUAUGGGCAAGAAAGCUCUACUAAUCCUCGCCGAAGGCGCGGAAGAGAUGGAGGCAAUCAUCACAGCCGAUGUACUGCGUAGAGCUGGCGUGGACGUCACCAUAGCUGGCCUCGCCGGCGCCAGCCCCGUGAAGUGCAGCCGAGAUGUUGUCGUUGUGCCGGACAAGAGUUUGGACGAAGCCACGACGCAGUCUCCUUACGAUGUAAUCGUUCUACCCGGCGGGCUGAAAGGAGCCGAGAGCUUGGCAGCGAGUCCAGCUGUCGGCAAGUUGCUGAAGGAGCAGGAAAAGUGUGGACGACUUGUUGCUGCAAUAUGUGCAGCUCCUAUUGCCCUGAAGAGCCAUGGCAUUGGUCUUGGAAAGCUAGUCACGUCACAUCCCUCCAAGAAAGAAGACAUAUGUAAGGGCGACUACAAGUACAGCGAAGAUAGGGUUGUUGUUGACGGUCAGCUGAUCACAAGCCGCGGCCCAGGCACGGCCUUCGAGUUUGCUUUGGCCAUUGUCGAAAAGCUGGAGAACAAGCAAGCUGCAGAAAAACUGGUGCCUCCCAUGCUGGUCAAGGUGUGACCCGAGCCACUAUCGCCACAAAGUUGUCAAUUGCCCAAACCCUUCUGUUUCGUUGGUGCUGGCAGGUCUUGCCAUGAUUAGAGUUGGUUUAUCUCCUUACUUCUGACGAAAUAAAUGACAUGUGCAUUUUCCGAGUAA